AUGAUUUUUUCCCCCACUUUCGACAAUAAUCUGAACAAAAACAAUUCGAAGAUGACUUGUUCGCUAUUUGAAAUCGCGUCGCCAGUCAAUAUUAUUGUUGGUUCUCAUGUAUGGGUUGAGGACCCGACCUUGGCAUGGAUUGAUGGAGAAGUAACUCAAAUUAGUGGUCAAGAUGUUCAUGUUUCCACAACAAAUGGGAAAAAAGUUGUUGCUAACAUCUCCAAAGUGUUUCCAAAAGAUACUGAAGCGCCUCCUGGAGGUGUGGACGACAUGACUAAGCUGUCAUACUUGCACGAACCAGGAGUGCUGCAAAACUUAGCUGCAAGAUAUGAACUCAAUGAGAUAUAUACAUACACUGGAAAUAUAUUAAUAGCAGUAAAUCCUUUCCAAAAAAUACCUCACCUAUAUGAUUCCCACAUGAUGGAACAAUAUAAAGGAGCUGGGUUUGGGGAGCUUAGUCCUCAUGUUUUUGCCAUUGCUGAUGUUUCAUACAGGCAAAUGAUUAAUGAAGGCAAGAGCAAUUCAAUCCUCGUUAGUGGGGAAAGUGGUGCUGGAAAAACUGAAACAACAAAGAUGUUAAUGAGAUAUCUUGCAUAUCUGGGGGGUCGUUCAGGCGUUGAAGGACGGACUGUUGAACAACAAGUUUUAGAAUCCAAUCCAGUUCUUGAAGCUUUUGGAAAUGCUAAAACUGUUAGGAACAACAACUCAAGUCGCUUCGGUAAAUUUGUUGAGAUACAAUUCGAUAAAAGCGGUAGAAUAUCGGGGGCAGCUGUACGAACUUACUUGCUGGAGAGGUCUCGGGUCUGCCAAAUUUCAUCUCCUGAAAGGAAUUACCACUGCUUUUAUCUUCUUUGUUCAGCACCACCUGAGGAGAGGGAGAGAUAUAGAUUGCAAGAUCCAAAAUCAUUUCACUAUCUAAACCAGUCAAACUGUUAUGAACUUGAUGGAGUAAAUGAUGCUGAAGAAUAUCUUGCCACGAGAAGGGCCAUGGAUAUAGUUGGAAUCAGUGAGGAAGAGCAGGAAGCAAUUUUCAGAGUUGUGGCUGCAAUUCUUCAUCUUGGAAAUGUUGAGUUUGCAAAGGGGAAAGAGAUCGAUUCCUCUGUGAUUAAGGAUGAUAAAUCUUGGUUCCAUCUUAAUACGACUGCGGAAUUGUUUAGGUGCGAUGUCAAAAGUUUGGAGGAUGCGCUCAUUAAACGUGUGAUGGUGACUCCUGAGGAAGUUAUUACUAGGACUCUUGAUCCAGAAGCUGCCACAGGUAGCAGGGAUGCCUUGGCCAAAACUGUAUAUUCUCGUCUAUUUGAUUGGAUUGUGGAGAAAAUAAACAGAUCGAUUGGGCAGGAUCCCAACUCAAAAUCAAUAAUAGGAGUUCUUGAUAUCUACGGGUUUGAGAGUUUUAAGCAGAAUAGUUUUGAACAGUUCUGUAUCAAUUUUACCAAUGAAAAGCUGCAGCAGCAUUUCAACCAGCAUGUGUUCAAAAUGGAACAAGAAGAAUAUGAAAAGGAGCAGAUUAACUGGAGCUAUAUUGAGUUUGUUGAUAACCAAGAUGUUCUUGAUUUGAUUGAAAAGAAACCUGGAGGAAUAAUUGCACUUCUAGAUGAAGCAUGUAUGUUUCCAAAAUCAACUCAUGAAACAUUUGCUCAGAAGUUGUAUCAAACAUUUGCAAAAAACAAGCGCUUCAUCAAACCUAAGCUUUCACGCACCAAUUUCACGAUAUCUCACUAUGCUGGAGAGGUGACAUAUCUGGCAGACCUAUUUUUGGAUAAAAACAAAGAUUAUGUGGUGGCAGAACAUCAAGACCUUUUAACAGCUUCAAAGUGCCACUUUGUAGCUGGUUUAUUCCCUCCAUUACCAGAAGAAUCAUCAAAGUCCUCUAAAUUUUCUUCCAUUGGUUCCCGGUUUAAGCUACAACUGCAAUCUUUGAUGGAGACGUUAAACUCAACAGAGCCUCACUACAUUCGUUGCGUGAAGCCUAAUAAUGUCCUGAAACCUGCUAUUUUUGAGAAUCAGAAUGUCAUUCAACAAUUGCGCUGUGGUGGUGUUCUGGAAGCUAUAAGAAUCAGCUGUGCUGGGUAUCCUACUAGGCGAACUUUUGAUGAGUUUCUUCUUCGCUUUGGUGUCCUUGCUCCAGAAGCAUUGGAUGGAAGAUACGAUGACAAGCUGGCAUGCCAAAUUAUUCUUGACAAAAUGGGACUCAAAGGCUAUCAGAUGGGCAAAACGAAAGUCUUCCUUAGAGCUGGCCAGAUGGCUGAGCUAGAUGCAAGGAGAGCAGAGGUUCUUGGAAAUGCAGCCAGAAUCAUCCAAAGACAAAUUCGAACUUAUAUUGCUAGGAAAGAGUUCAUCACAAUACGCCAGGCAGCAAUUCAACUGCAAUCUUGUUGGCGAGGUAUGUUGGCCUGCAAACUAUUUGAACAAUUACAGCGCGAAGCAGCUGCUCUGAAGAUACAGAAGAACUUCAGAUGUUAUGUUGCUUUCAAGUCCUACUCUACAUUGCGACUUUCCGCUAUCACUUUGCAGACGGGCAUGAGAGCUUUAACUGCCCGAAAUGAGUUCAGAUACCGGAAACAAACCAAGGCUGCUAUUAAAAUUCAGGCUCAUGUACGUUCGCACAGGGCCUACGCAUACUACAGAAGUCUUCAAAAGGCUGCCCUUGUCACUCAAUGUGGAUGGAGAGCACGGGUUGCUCGAAGAGAGCUUCGCAAGCUUAAAAUGGCUGCAAGGGAAACAGGGGCCCUCAAAGAAGCAAAGGACAAGCUGGAAAAGAAGGUGGAAGAACUGACAUGGCGCUUGCAAUUUGAGAAGAGACUACGGACUGAACUGGAAGAGACGAAAGCCCAGGAAGUUGCAAAAUUGCAGGAGGCUUUGCAUGCAAUGCAGGCCCAAGUAGAGGAAGCAAAUGCCAAGGUAAUUAAAGAGAGAGAAGCAGCAAGAAAAGCCAUUGAAGAAGCUCCACCAGUUAUUAAGGAGACCCCUGUUAUAGUUCAAGACACAGCCAAAGUUGAAGCAUUAACUGCUGAGAUUGAAAGUUUGAAGACUUCACUGAAGUUGGAAAAGCAGACAACAGAAGAGGCACAAAAGGCUUCUGUUGAUGCCGAGGCCCGAAAUGCAGAAUUGAUUAAAAAACUUGAAGAUGCUGAACACAAAGUUGAUCAGCUUCAGGAGUCUGUUCAAAGGCUUGAAGAAAAGCUAUCCAAUAUGGAGUCAGAAAACCAAGUCCUCCGCCAACAAGCUUUGACCAUGUCACCAACUGGAAAAACUAUAUCUUCGCGGCCGAAAAUGACAAUUAUACAGAGAACGCCGGAGAAUGGAGUUCCAAACGGGGAAACCAAGGUUGCACAUGACAUGACUCUUGCUAUUGCAAGUCCAAAGGAGCUUGAUUCUGAGGAAAAACCACAGAAGUCUCUGAAUGAAAAGCAGCAGGAGAACCAAGACUUGCUAAUCAAGUGUAUCUCACAAGAUUUGGGAUUUUCUGGUGGCAAACCUAUUGCUGCAUGUGUGAUCUAUAAAUGCCUUCUACAUUGGAGAUCUUUUGAAGUUGAAAGAACUACUGUGUUUGAUCGAAUCAUACAGACAAUAGCUUCAGCUAUUGAGGUACCUGACAAUAAUGAUGUCUUAACAUACUGGUUAUGUAACACGUCCACAUUGUUGAUGCUGCUCCAACACACUCUCAAAGCCACCGGUGCAGCUAGCUUGACUCCGCAGAGGCGGAGGUCAUCAUCAGCCUCACUUUUUGGAAGGAUGUCCCAAGGACUUCGGGCCUCUCCACAGAGCGCUGGACUCUCUUUUCUCAAUGGUCGUGUGCUUGGUAGACUGGAUGACUUGCGUCAAGUUGAAGCAAAAUAUCCUGCUUUACUGUUCAAGCAACAACUUACUGCUUUCCUUGAAAAAAUAUAUGGAAUGAUAAGAGAUAACCUGAAGAAAGAGAUUUCUCCCCUACUAGGCUUGUGCAUCCAGGCUCCUCGAACGUCUCGUGCAAGUUUGGUUAAAGGGCGCAGUCAAGCUAAUGCUGUUGCUCAGCAAGCUUUGAUUGCUCACUGGCAGAGCAUUGUAAAAAGCUUGAAUAAUUACUUGAAGUUGAUGACGGCGAACUACGUGCCCGCAUUCUUGGUCCGAAAAAUCUUUACUCAGAUAUUCUCAUUUAUUAAUGUCCAACUUUUUAACAGUCUUCUUCUAAGACGAGAGUGCUGCUCGUUUAGCAAUGGGGAGUAUGUGAAAGCAGGUCUUGCUGAAUUAGAGCAAUGGUGCAUUUCUGCUACAGAAGAAUUUGUGGGCUCUGCUUGGGACGAACUGAAGCACAUCAGACAGGCUGUUGGGUUCCUAGUUAUUCAUCAGAAGCCCAAAAAGACGUUGAAUGAAAUUACUAAUGAUCUUUGUCCUGUGCUAAGCAUACAACAAUUAUACAGGAUAAGUACAAUGUACUGGGAUGAUAAAUAUGGCACCCAUAGUGUCUCUUCAGAUGUUAUUUCAAGUAUGAGAGUUAUGAUGACUGAGGAUUCCAACAAUGCAGUUAGCAGUUCAUUUUUGUUGGAUGAUGAUUCAAGCAUCCCGUUCUCUGUGGACGACAUCUCCAAAUCAAUGCAGCCAGUUGAUGUUGCGGACAUUGAGCCUCCCCCUUUAAUCCGGGAGAACUCAGCUUUGGCAUUUGGUGUACUGUAUCUUAGUCCGUAUGAGAGAGGAGUUGAGGGGGCGAAUUUCGAUCACGGAGCCAGCUUUGCUGUUGUGGGUGCUACCGCUUUACCGGUUAAAACCUUACAAUCUAAGGGUCUUCCACCUCACGGUGAAAACUUUGAGGACAUCGGAACAAAAGAUUACAGUUAUGGAUUUUGGGACCUUGGAGAUGUGGAGUGGGAUGCUUUUGCCCCAGAGGUGGUUCGUAAUAUUGCAGAAGCUGUUAGAAAAGUAAUCAACUUUGGUGCGACAGGAAUUAUUGUUCCUGAAAAUCUUACACUUGGUUGUCUUCCUGUUUCUCUGAGUUUCUUCUACCGUGAGGAAUAUAAUCCGAGAGCUUAUGACUCUAAUCAGUGUAUGGAGUUAUUCAACAAUAUCGCUGUUCGUCAUAAUCAACUUCUAAAGGCAGCCAUUGAAGAAUCGAAGGAGGAAUACUCUGACGUGUUGAUUGUUUAUGCUGAUUACUAUAAUACUUAUUUGUCGAUGUUAUCCAACGCACAGAAUCUUAGAUUUGAGGACAAGUUUUCAGCUUGUUGUGAGAGCGUAACGGUUUCUAACUUUGAUUUAGGAGCCUGUGUGGAAUGCCUAGCGUUAAUCCUUGUCCAAAUCCAGAUAAUCAUAUCGGUUGGGAUGGAAUGA